GGUGAAGUGACAUAAUUCUCUUUGUUUUCCUCCCUGAGGAGGUAGUUCAGGGAAGGGAAGCCCUUUGCCGAUGAGUGAGUGCGUGCAUGUGUUUGUUUUCUGAAACUUCAACAAGAAAGACAAAUGGCUGAAGAAAGCUUGAAGAGACGAAAGGGAAAGGACAAAGGAGGAGAGGACAGACAAUCCAUUCAGAGUAAUGAACCCCAAAGGAUGAACCUACAAAAGCAGGUGGGCCUCAUUAGUGGAAUCUGUAUGAUUGUUGGUACAAUCAUUGGCUCAGGUAUCUUCGUCUCUCCAAAGUCAGUGCUUGCCAAUGUUGAAGCUGUGGGUCCUUGUUUAAUCGUCUGGGCAGGCUGUGGAAUUCUGGCAACAUUAGGUGCACUUUGUUUUGCUGAGCUUGGUACAAUGAUCACAAAGUCUGGGGGAGAAUAUCCUUACCUUAUGGAGGCUUUUGGCCCAAUCCCAGCGUUUUUGUUUUCCUGGACAAGCUUACUGGUUACAAAACCCAGUUCAUUUGCAAUCAUUUGUCUCAGCUUUGCGGAAUACGCAUCAGCUCCUUUUUAUCCAGGCUGUGAUCCCCCCCAGGUUGUCAUCAAGUGUCUUGCAGCAGCUGCUAUUGUGGUGAUUACAAUUGUGAAUUCAUUGAGUGUGAAGCUGGGAAGUUACCUCCAGAAUUUUCUCACAGCUGCUAAAAUGAUCAUUGUCACAAUCAUUAUUGUAAGUGGAAUUGUUCUCCUUGCACAAGGAAGAACUGAAAACUUCAAAGAUGCUUUCAAGGACAGUAAAAUUUCUGCUGGUUCUAUCAGUUUGGCAUUUUAUAAUGGACUCUGGGCAUAUGAUGGAUGGAAUCAACUCAAUUACAUCACAGAAGAACUUAAAAAUCCUUACAGAAAUCUUCCACUGUCUAUAAUUAUUGGAAUCCCCUUUGUUACGGUUUGUUACGUUCUGAUAAACGUUUCCUAUUUCACCGUAAUGACUUCAACAGAGCUCCUGCAGUCCCAGGCAGUUGCUGUGACAUUUGGAGACAGAGUCCUUUAUCCAGCCUCUUGGAUAGUUCCUCUCUUUGUGGUAUGUUCGACACUUGGAGCCGCCAAUGGCACCUGUUUUACUGCAGGCAGACUUGUUUAUGUUGCAGGUCGUGAAGGGCACAUGCUAAAGGUACUAUCUUACAUUAGUGUUAAGCACUUAACACCAGCACCUGCUCUCAUAUUUUAUGGGAUCAUUGCUAUUAUUUAUAUUAUUCCUGGUGACAUUGAUACUCUCAUAAAUUACUUUAGUUUUGCGGUCUGGAUAUUUUAUGGUUUAACUGUACUUGCACUAAUUGUUAUGAGGUUUACAAGGAAGGAAGCCACCAGACCUAUCAGGAUACCCAUCAUCAUUCCUGUCAUAGUAACAGGGGUUGCAAUUGUACUGAUAUUGGCACCGAUCAUCAGUGCACCUGAACUGGCCUAUUUGUACUGUGCUUUAUUUAUUCUUAGUGGACUUAUAGUUUAUGCACUUUUUGUUCAUUUAAAAUUCAAGUGGCCACAAAAAAUAUCAAAGCCCAUCACAAUGCACCUCCAGAUGCUUUUGGAAGUUGUUCCAGAAGAGGAAGUUACUGAAUGAAGUAUUUUAUACCCACCAGGUUGUUUUUAAGUGCUGAACUGGUUGAAGUAGAUUCAGUUUUGUUUGGCACUCAUAUAUAGUUGCUAAAUUGUUAUGUUUGUACUGGUGUAUUAGUUUUGCAACACUUGAGUACUGCAAAGCAUCAAACAUAUAUAAUAAAAGAUUUCUAAGCCAGACUACAGUGUCCAGCAAAGCUGGUUUCCUUGUUUGUUAAUAAGUUAUGGU